GGUAUAAAAUUAUAUAUAAACGUAGUAUAGUAAUAAUAUUACUAUACACAUGUACGUGUAACUCCAGAGAUAAUCUUACAGUUAUUUAUUAGUAUUACUACUGAUUAUAGGUCAUUGACAGCUACAAGUUAUCAUUUAUUGUGGUCAAAGAUUAAGUACUAUAAAAGAUGACUGCACAGUGAUUAAAUUUAGUUUGUGUUUAAUAAUUUCAAGAUGUAUUCUACAAAGCAUAUUGCAAUUUUUAUUUUUACAAUAUUUUCAUUAUUUUUAUGCAUAUUAACAGAUACUAAUAAAAACAUUCCUUUAGUAGUUAUAACUUGGGAUUAUAAAGAUGCUACAGAGAAAGCAUGGGAUGUUUUAAAUAAUGAAGGGAAAAGUGCUUUAGAUGCAAUUGAAGCUAGUUGUUCUUUAUGUGAGGAAAUGCAAUGUCGUAAAACCGUAGGAUUCGGUGGUAGUCCUGAUGAAUCAGGAGAAACAACAUUGGACGCUAUGAUCAUGGAUGGUCUCAAAAUGGAUGUGGGUGGUGUUGGAGGAUUAAGAAAUAUUAAAAGUGCUAUAUCCGUUGCUCGUAAAGUGUUAGAACAUACAGACCAUUCUUUGCUUGGUGGAAGUCUUGCUACAAAUUUUGCUAUACAAAUGGGAUUUAAGUCAGAAUCUUUAGGAACUAAUGAAUCCCAAGAUAUGUGGAAAAAAUGGAAAGACAAUCAAUGCCAACCCAAUUUUUGGAAGAAUGUUGUACCAAAUCCAAAAACCACUUGUGGCCCUUAUAAACAAAAUAAUAUUAUGGAUACAUUUAUGGAAAAAGAGAAUGGAAAAGUAUCAUAUACAAAUGAAGAAAAUCAUGAUACAAUAGGAGUCAUAGCAAUAGAUAAAAAUGGGCAUAUAGCUGCUGGAACUUCCACCAAUGGCGCAAGACAUAAAAUUCCGGGUCGCAUUGGGGACUCUCCUAUACCAGGUGCAGGUGCAUAUGCCGAUCAACAAGUUGGUGCAGCUGCUGGUACUGGUGAUGGAGAUAUUAUGAUGCGGUUCUUGCCUAGUUUUCUUGCAGUAGAAGAAAUGCGUCGUGGUGCCACGCCCGUAGACGCAGCUAAAACAGCUAUUCGUAGAAUUGCCGAUCAUUAUCCUCACUUUACUGGUGGAGUUAUUGCAUUAAAUAAGGAUGGUCAAUUUGGAGCAGCAUGCAAUGGCAUCCCUUCGUUUCCAUUUUAUGUUAGCAAUCUUGAAUUCGGAGAGCCUAAAUUACAUAGUGUAUCUUGCAUACAGCAAACAUUUUGCGUUAGUGAUACUAACAAUAUUUGUUGAUAGAUCUUUUUAAAAAUAUAUAAAGUAUAUAAAUAAUUAUAAAUGAAAAA